GCUAAUUCACUGUUAAUGUAACCGUGAGUACGAAAGUCUGGACACGGUCGGUCCACACGCAGGAGUUUUGCGAUUUGGAACACAUCCAAAAUGGCGGCCGGACGCUACACGCUAUCUAGGCGCCCUAGUUGAAGCGCAGACCCACAGAUUAGAACACACCCAGCAGAAUAGCAUGCUCCGCCCACUCACCUACGGGUAGCAGGAAGGCCAAAUGUUUUCAGUGUAAACAUUCCCUAUUUCCCGAUUUGCGAACUUUCGUUUUGUAUAGUGGUACACUAGCUAGUGUAUUCUAGUUAGAUUUUAUAACUUGAAGCUCAGUAUCGUGAGAAAUCUUUUUCCUCAGAUUCCCUUAUUAACGUUAGUAAAUGUGCUGGAUUUAACCACACACUGCAUUAUACACUGUAGAAUUGUGUAAUGGCGUCAUUAGCUUUGUGUCGAGCUGCACAUCGUCACUGUGUGCUUCAGUUAAUAACAUGUUUAAAGUCACAGCAGCUUCUGUGUGGAAACCUCAGAAGUUUUGGCACAAAGUCGGAGCGAGAUCAGCCGAGUCCCAAGAUUUACACCAAAACAGGAGAUAAAGGGUUUUCCAGCACGUUCACAGGAGAGAGGCGGCCGAAAGAGGAUCGUGUUUUUGAAGCUUUGGGUACGACGGACGAACUCUCAUCUGCCAUCGGGCUGGCUAGAGAGUUCUGUCUCGAGAAAGGACACACCUUCACCCAUCAGCUAGACAAGAUCCAGUGUGUGCUGCAGGACGUGGGCUCCAACAUGGCCACUCCUCGCUCAUCAGCCCGAGAGAGCCACAUAAAGAAGACACAGUUCAGCAGUGAGCCAGUGGCAGAGCUGGAGAGCUGGAUUGAUUCCUACACAGACGAGCUUCCUCCUCUUACACACUUCAUACUGCCUUCUGGGGGAAAAAGCAGCGCCGCCCUGCAUGUGGCCAGAGCUGUGUGUCGCCGGGCCGAGCGCUGCGUGGCUCCUAUAGUGCGUUCAGGUGAGGCCGAUCCUGACAUCGGAAAAUAUCUCAACAGGUUGAGUGAUUACCUGUUCACACUGGCCAGAUACACAGCUAUGAAAGAAGGAAACAUGGAGAGGAUCUACAGGAGACCUGAAUGAACUUCCUCAAAAUCAGAAAUAAACUUUCUUUUAAUAAAAUCAUGAUUUUAAUUUAA